CCACUACGACCUUCCCGAAGUCACUUCAUACCGAAGUGUAGGUGAUUUGGGGUCGUUUUCCUCUUUUCUGGUGCCUAGACCCCGGGCAGGCCUUGCAGGAAGAAGGCAAACUACAUGACAUGCUGUAUGACAUGGCCAUAAACUCUGUGUAGCACAAUAUGGCCAGACUCGGUGAGGUUGUUGUCUUCAGCCGCUGCAGGAAAUAGCUCUGUUCCUCUGCUUCUUGGAAAUAGAUAUGUAGACGGCCACCCAUCUAUUGAAUCCAUCUUCAAUAUACACCGUUUGAGCAAUUGUUGCCAUUGACUGCCCCUAAACCAAGCCAACAUGCCUCGGGACUCAACUCAGCGUCUCCACCGCCACCAACAUCACCCCGAGCAACACUUCAACAACCACGCCAACAAGGUAUCCUACCGGAUCAAAAAUGAGUAUCAUCCAACAACCCACAGCGAUGUUCCUCGUGUGCGCCACCGUCCAGAUCCUUGUUUCGUCCCUGUCGCCUCUGGUGCGAUAGUACAACCCCCUGCCUCUCGGUUCCAUGACGACGACGACCACUACUGUUACAUCAACAACCACCAUGACUCUCGCCACCGUAGAUACAGCAGCGACGGCAUGAGCUAUCGCCACCAUCACCAACACCACUACCCUCUCGACGGACCCCGAUCCAGCGAGCAGUACACCUUCUGCAGCACCGUCAGACUCCACGCUGACCCUUGUGCUCGAUUCCAUCGCCACCACACCCAUUCCCACACCCAUACUUAUACCAACACCCACACCCACACCCGCGCAGAUCUAUACUUGGAGUCUCUCGAGAGAGGCCGCCGCCGUGUUGGCGGAGACGGGGAUAGGACGUUUCAUUUCGAAGUGGACGUGGAUGUCUCCUCGCGGGGUGGCCCUAGAUUCUGGUGCAUAUCAUGAGUGAAGCGGGCGAGGGACUCAUUGGUAUUGUACGGGGUUGGGAGAUAGAUCAGCAGGCGAAGGGGGGAUCACCAUGCUGCA